AUGAAGUUCUUCUAUUCCGUAUUGGCCUUUGCGCCACAAGUCUUCGCUGCUCUUACUUACAAAGGAGUCGACUGGUCGUCCGUCUCUGUUGAGGAGAAAAGUGGUUACACUUACAAAAAUACCGCUGGUACUACACAAGCCCUCGAGACUAUUCUGAAAGCUUCAGGUGUCAACACUGUGAGACAAAGAAUAUGGGUCAACCCUUCCAGUGGCCAAUACAAUUUGGCCUACAACUUGGCUCUUGCAAAACGUGCCAAGGCUGCUGGAUUGAACAUCUAUCUCGAUUUACAUUUCAGUGAUACAUGGGCCGAUCCAAGUCAUCAGGCGAUCCCCUCUGGCUGGCCUACCGAUACCGUUGGAAACCUUGCAUGGGAAGUUUAUAAUUAUACUUUGGCAGUCUCGGAUGCCUUUGCCAGUGCUGGCAUCUCUCCUUCGAUAAUCUCCAUUGGCAAUGAGAUCCGCGCUGGACUUCUCUGGCCUAUUGGCACUACAUCCUCCUACUACAACAUUGCCAGUCUCCUCCACUCCGCCUCCGCCGGUAUCAAAGACUCAACUCUUACCACCAAACCCAAGAUCAUGAUCCACCUCGACAACGGCUAUUCCUGGAGCGAACAACAAUAUUUCUACAAAACCGUUCUCGCAGCAGGUCCUCUCCUAACCACCGAUUUCGACAUGAUGGGCGUAUCCUACUAUCCAUUCUACACCUCCGCCGCCACCCUCGCAAGUCUCAAGACUUCCUUAACAAACAUGGCUUCCACAUGGGGUAAACAACUCGUAGUCGCCGAAACCAAUUGGCCAUUCGCGUGUCCAUCCCCGGCAUACGCUUUCCCAUCCGAUGCAACAUCGAUUCCAUUCAGUGCUGCAGGCCAAACAACCUGGAUUAAGGAUGUUGCGGCAAUAGUCGCGGGAGUUAAUGGUGGAGUGGGACUUUUCUAUUGGGAACCUGCGUGGAUCAACAAUGCGGCUUUGGGAAGCAGUUGUUCUGAUGCUAUCCUUUUCGAUCCCAAGGGAGUUGCUCGAUCUAGUUUGUCGGCUUUUGCUAGCAUUUAG